GUAUAGCCACUUCUCAAUCUAGCGAUUUAUUUUCAUAAUUCUGUUUUUAAUUUAACAAAGUGAUAUGGGGAGGCAACCUUGUUGUGACAAGUUUGGAGUGAAGAAGGGACCUUGGACUGCUGAGGAGGACAAGAAAUUGGUCGAUUUUAUUCUCACACAUGGUCAAUGUUGUUGGCGUGCCGUCCCCAAGCUGGCGGGGCUCCGCCGUUGUGGCAAGAGCUGCCGCCUCCGUUGGACCAAUUACCUCCGUCCUGACUUGAAGAGAGGUCUUCUUAAUGAAGCUGAGGAACAACUAGUUAUGGAUCUCCAUGCCCGUCUUGGCAAUAGGUGGUCAAAGAUUGCAGCAAGAUUGCCCGGAAGAACUGAUAACGAGAUCAAGAAUCACUGGCACACCCACAUCAAGAAAAAGCUGAUCAAGAUGGGAAUCGAUCCAGUUACACAUCAGCCUCUACAUAAGCAAGACAACAAAGGAGCAGCAGCUAGUCACGACGUUAUUUAUUAUGAUCAUCAACCCAAUUUUAGCGGUGAUCAGCAACAGAUAUCAAAAAAUAAUUGCGAAGCCCACGCCUCCUCCUCAUGUAAUACCACCCCAACUGAAUCAUCGGAACCUUCCAGCAACGAUGAUCCUUUGAUGAGUUACAUAUUUUCAGACAGUUUUCUUGAAGAUUCAAAAUGGAAUUUUCCUGUCGAAUACUGUGAAUUUGGAAUGUUCUCACCAGAGGGUAACUGUCCCUGGUUUUUAGAGCACAAGGAUAUUGGAGAUGACUGCUUUGGACUUUAGUGACAAACACUAACAAGGAACCAGGCCUUGGAGGUUUCGUCAUAAAUGGAAACUCAAGGAAAAUGGUAUUAAAUUAAUUUGAAACUGCUUAAAAUGAAGCCCCUGUAAUUAGUAAAAGCUACCUAUUACCGCCAUUGAUGGUCUGGAAGCAGUCACGUAGCCAAAUUGUGAACAUAUCAUCUGUUACCAGUCACCAUAACUACACCUUAAAAAAGAGUUAAGAUAGUUUAUAAGGCCAGUAGUUUUUGUCAUUUGCCUGCGUUGUCUGUAAAAUACACAUGCUAAAUAUCAUUUAGCAGGUCGAUUAAAAGAGUUGAGUGGUUGAGUGGUUGAAGAUUGAAGCAGAGCAAUCUGUCUGUAGGCAAAAGGAGAAUUCUGCUGUAUGAACAUAGCUAUUCUGAAUAUUAGAAAGCUGAUUUGACAUGUUUUCAAUAAUUAAUGCAUUUUUUUUUUCAUUU